AUGGCCAGAAUCAGGCAUCAAACCACCUACCGAGAUGCGGGGGAAGUGGACUGGUCACCCAUGGCUCCUUGGGAAACAGAGCAGAUCUUUCUCGAUGAAUGCCCCAAAGAUCAGCCCCACAUGACAAGGUCACUGAUUGUCGUUCAACAUACCUUCGGUGAUUGUAAGCUCUUCGCCGGCGACUUUACCGGGGGUCCACUCGCCCUGAACAAUGAGAUCGCGGCUGGGUUUGCGGUGUCUGCAAUGAGUGGACGGAAGAGUGUGGACAAGUACUUUGCGUGGGCUCGAAUCACGCACGCAUUGAUUGAUGGAGUGGGAUAA